AUGGCUCAUCAACGAGUAGUCGCAUUCUUAGGCAUCGAGGACAGUCUCUGGAAGCUCGCCAUCCUCCAAGAGCUGGUUCCCAACCCGAUACCACCGACAGGCGAUUCACACGUCGAGCAACUCCGCGCGGCAGUACAAGGACUUCAAGAUAUGCAAGAUCGCUUUCGUGAGAAUACUGAGCGCGCGAUCAACGAGGGUGGUUCAGCGGCGUUUGAGGAGGAGCUAGGCAAUGGAGUACGAGAAAUGCUUCAAUUCGCUCUUGACCAUAUCGACGUGCUUGAGGCGGCCAGGGACGACAUGAGCGCCGAUGACGAGGAUGGGGUAGAUGACGAUACUAUUGCGGAGAUCAAAGCAAAGAUGCCUCACGUCGACUUCGACAUCAGUGCAGAAAAGCCACGUCGAGGCAUCUCUGCAGCUCAGUUCCAGCUCGAGAAGGAGCAGCUGGUAGAGGACUGUGCUAUCUGCUACGUGGAGCCGCCAGUGGACAACGAGCCACUGGAGACUGCUUGUGGCCACAUCUAUUGCGCAGAGUGUCUCGUUCGCUGGUGUCUCGAGCACAACACCUGUCCGGAUUGUCGUCAGGAGGCGUUGUUGGAAGAUAUGGUCUUGUUAGAUGUUGUGAGACAGUGA